GAAACCGCGGGUGUCAUGCCCCGCCCCCGUUCUCGCGGGGCUAGCAGGCCCCGCCCCCGUUCUCGCGAGAUCUGGAAGGCGGAAAAAUGGCGCCGACGUGAGCCCGAGCCUGCGGCCACCGAAGGAAUCAGCGCAGCUUUAGCUGGAGCUGUCGGAGCCAAGGGAACAGGAGGCAGAAUCGGGGCGAGGAUGGAGGAGGAACCCUCAGGGCCCAGCCCAGACAUGCCAGCCACUGCAGAGUCCAGCUCCAGUGAGACCGACAAGGAGGUGCUGUCCCCAGUUAUGGCUGCUGUAGCCACCUCCUCUUCCAUGGGGGAGGAGCCAGCCUCUGACCAGGCAGCCACACCCCCGGUGUGGGAACGUGGAGGGUCUGGAGGGACCCAGCAGGGUGCCUCCCCAGCCCCAGACAGUGGCCAUCCUGGCCCUGGACCCAGCCUUGGCCCGAUCAGCACUGUCUCCGGAAAGAGUGAGGACCUGCGGCCUCCCAGACGACGCCCACCACCAGGGAAGCAGAUACCCUGCUCCAGCCCUGGCUGCUGUCUGAGUUUCCCCAGCGUUCGAGACCUGGCACAGCAUCUGCGCACCCACUGCCCACCCACACAGUCCCUGGAAGGCAAGCUCUUCCGCUGUUCCGCCCUGAGCUGCACUGAGACUUUCCCCAGCAUGCAGGAGCUGGUGGCACACGGCAAGCUGCACUACAAACCCAAUCGCUACUUCAAGUGUGAGAACUGCCUCCUGCGCUUCCGCACACACCGCUCGCUCUUCAAGCAUCUGCAUGUUUGCGCCGAGCAUGCGCAGAGCCCAGCCCCGCCACCACCCCCCGCCCUCGACAAGGAGCCGCCAGUGCCGGAGCGCCCCCCGGAGUCCGACGCUGCGUCGGCGCCGGGACUGCAGUUCCCGUUGCUCGAGCCGUUCACGACCCCUGCCCCUGCCCCUACCGGGUCCUUCCUGCCCUACUUGAACCCCGCGCCCUUUGGCCUGAGUCCCCCACGCCUGCGCCCCUUCCUGGCCGCCGCUCCCGGGCCGCCCGCCUCCAGCGCCGCCGUGUGGAAAAAAAGCCAAGGUGCAGGCGGCAGCCCGCGAAAACCCCAGGGCGGCUCCGACGCGCCCUCAGGGCACGCGGCCCCGAGCCGCAUCUUGUGGGAGCACACGCGCGGCCGCUACUCCUGCAUGCAGUGCGCCUUCUCCACGGCCUCGCGGGCCGCCAUGACACUACACCUGGAAGACCACCGCCCCGCGGCCCCCGCGCCGGGGCAGCCGCGCCCCGACGCGCCGGCGGACCCAGCCCCGCUUGCGCGCCAGGUGUCGCCGCUGCUGUCAGAGGGGGAGUGUCCAGUAUUCUCGCCGCUCUGAACCCCGCUGCGUUGGGGGGUGGGGCGAGUGGGUAGUUUUGUAAUUUUCGGCGGGGUCGGGGGAGCCUUGAGAUGGCCGGGAUGGGGGAACAAUAAAGGAGGCAGUUGAGCCAGUCU